AAUUCACCUGUGAGACUACUUCGCGAGCGUGUCACUUCAGUUUGUCAAACUCGCGAGUAACGGACGACAGAGUGCUGUGAGACGACAAUUCUCUUUCGUCAAAUUCAGUAGAGCAUUUGCAAUCAUGGACAAUUCCGUAGAGAACUUCACCGUCCAUGCGGAUGUUAGCUGCAACCCAAAUUAUGUGCCUUCCGCUAUCGAACUCGUAGAAAGUUUAAAUGCAUUGGGUACUGUACUAUUAAGCGUCGGUUCAAUCAUUUUGGUCCUCACAAUAUACUUCUUUGCCAGUGCUUGUCGCAAUAUCCUCUCUCAAAAAGAUUCGGAAUCUUAUAAAACAAAUGCCAUUAUAAUCCUAUCGGUAUAUCCUAUCAUAAGCGUUUGCAGCCUCAUGGCGAUUGCGAUACCAAGAGGCCAGUUACUAUCGGAGGCUGUAACUCAAAUUUUCUUAAUGAUUUCGCUGUAUCGGCUCUAUCUUCUUCUACUGGAUGUCGGUCGCCGGAAGAUCAGCGAGACGCCAGCGUUGAUGUUACGAGUCGGGCCCUGUUGCUGCUGGCCCUGUCUGCCCUUUCCAAACCUUCAAAUGACCGACGCUAAUUUGUCUUGGAUAGGAAUUCUGGCCCUACAGCUUCCUAUCGUCCAGGGUCUUGUGUAUUUCAUAUUGCUCUACAUGGAAGCCGAGGAUCCAAUGCUUACCACGCAAUACGUCACGUUUCUUCAGCCAGUCGUGGUUAUCAGCAUACUUCUAGGGAUAUAUAGUUUAACUAUCACCACAAAGACUUUGCAUACAGCAGUUCCAGAGGUCAAAUUACAUUAUAAAACACUGGUGUUACAAUUAGUACUGUUGUUCUCGAAGCUGCAGACAGGUAUUAUCAAAACCUUGCCCGCCGCAGGCGUAUUUCCGUGCAAUCCUCCUCUCACUCCGGCAAUUUACGCCAACGUGACGUGCAACGCGCUGAUGCUAAUCGAGAUGAUGGUGCUCUGCUACGCCGCGUGGUACGUAUAUUACGUCGAUCUAGAGAAGAUUCAAGAAACAGACGCAAUAGAUAAAACGUCAAAGACUUCAGGUCAGGUAGAAAUGACCGCGAUGAAUAGCAACGACAGCAACAGACAGCUUCCAGCGACUGUGUGAAAUUUAACAAAUCAUCAAAGAUAUUAAUUUUUAAGAACUUUCCUCAAAAAAUUUUUCAAAGGCCCAUUUAACGUACAUAAAGAGAAAGAUAAUAUAAUACUCGUCAAGUAAAAAUAACUCGAUAUUCGAAGCUUUUAUUAUAGACAGCUCGCUAAGAUUAGCACUCGGAGAUAGAACUGAUUUGUACAGAGAUGGAACUGAUCUGCACAUUUUAGCGAUUCGAGACUGACUUUCUCUAAUCAAUUAGAAGAGAUAUUAUCCACUUUCUAUUUUUCACUUUUUAUCCUUUUAAUUCUCCUCGCAUGUUGAUAAUGAUUUUUAUGAUGUAUUCUUAGGAAUAAGUAGAGACAUUGUACGAGUGUAAAAAUCCUGA